AUGGUGAAGAAGUCGUCCCAACCAUCCUUGUUACAGGCUGCAGGUAGAACCCGAGUAGGCGGCAUUCGAUUGGGUUCGUUCUCCACCUCGGGCACUGGAUCCUUUUCUAACGCCAACAACAGCAAGAACAGCAAGAAAGAUCCUCCCGAAAAGACACAUUUCCGACUUCCCAGUGGGGCAGGAGCGGCUCUAGGAUGUCAAAACCCAAAGUCUCCCAUGUCGUGUCUGACACCCGAGGGAGCAUACAACGAUAAUCUCUACUAUCAAGAUGUUGACGACCAAGUUCUCGUGGUCAAGCAAGACCCCGAAGAAGAGCGAGAUGCUGGUACCCCAGAAGAGCUACUAGUCCUCAAGGCAGAUGCUCCCGUCCGAGAUACCAUCGACAACAACAACAACCCAGAAGAAGAACGCCAAGAUUCCAACGACCCGCCCAUCUUCAAGUCUCCCCGCCACAUGUUGCACCGACGUGCGAGUGAUGCUGCUGUCGUUGCACCCAUGGCGAGUGGAUUCAGCGACGUCGAUGGGACACCCAAAAAGAUGAAGCACAUGGAGUUGAACGGUGGCAUUGCCUUCACGGCCCCAUCGCCCAUUACUCUGGACCGGGUCGUCCUGCAGGCCAGUCAGGAACAUGCCACGCCCAGCAAGAGUGCCUCGAACAGCACCGGGGAGGUUAGUAAGGAGCCCCCGAUUGUGGUGGAAAACAAUGACGAAGAAGGAACUCCGGCGAUUGAGAAACUUCUCACUCCCAAGGUUAUUGUCACCAAGGUCUCGGAACCCGAUUUGUCCGAAUCGCCCAAGAACGAUGAUACUGAUGACAACACUAAUAAUACCUCCACCAAUAAUAGUAGCAAGCCAGAGAAGGAUAAGACCAAGAAGAUUGCCUUUGACAAGGUCCGACGACUCUUGAACCGGAUGAAACCCAAGGAAGUCAAGGCCCUGGGAAAGCGUGGGAGCGGGAGUGCCGCCACCAGUGCUGAAGAUCAGGCAUCGUCCAAAAAGACAUCGUCUAAACAAUCGACCACAUCCAAGGGACAGUCCACAACGGCGUCAUCGGCAAAGGCAAGCAAGACAUCGCUGGCAUCCAAAAAGGCCGUCCUGUCGCAGGCGUCCUCCAAGAGAUCAGGGCUUGGAUUUGCAUCCAAGCUGGGCUCCAAACUUGGCUCGGUUACCAAAACUGGUUCGGUCGCCUCGUCCAAGAGUUCGUCGUCAUCCAAGGCGUCCGGUAUCAAAAAGGCGUCGUCCAAGGACUCGUCCAAAGUCGCCGCCGACGCGGCCACGAUGGCAGCCUCUCAGGCGGUGGAACAAGCCGCAUCGAAAUCAGGGUCAAUGCCAUUGUCAUUGGCCAAGCUCUCCUCCUCCAGAAAUUCAUCGUCCAAGGGGUCGUCCAGAGCCGCCACAAACGCCUCCAGGGGGCCCUCCUUGGCCGAUAUUUUGCAGGCAGAGGCGGAAAAUGAAGAAAACUCGGCAUUGAACAUGGAGGAUCCUGCUCACCCAGGAGACACAUUGAUGGAUCAUGACUACGAGGACGAGGAAGGACCCUUUGACCAAGAGCUCAAGAAAGAAUUGACCAAGGAGCUUAUCAUGGAUACAGCAAAGGAUACUGGAACCGACCUUGACGAUGGCGUUUUGGAAGAAAUAAUUUCGCAGGUGUCGUCCACGCGAGGAUCCUUGCAGAGCUCCAUUCACAAACUCAUUGAGGCGCAGUCACGGUCUGUAUCUACAUCGAUUGGAACCAAGUCAUCGGGAAGAGAUUUAGAAGAAAUGCCCACCUUGACUUCCUCCGAAAAGAGAGCCUCAUCUGACUUUUACCAGACGCUCUUAGCAAGGGCCAUGAAACUGAAGGGUUCCAAGGAUGGUGGAGUUUCCAGAUUGAGAAAGAUCUCCUCGGAUUCGUCGCCUUCGGUGUCGAGUAGCGCCAAGAAGGCAUCUUCCACCAAGUCUCCCGCAGCCUACUCAGCCAUGUCCAACCAGGACCAAUCCAGAAGCGCAAAAGUGAGCCAAGCAAGCGCAAAACUCUCGUCCUCUAGCCCGGCAAGUAACAACUCAAGCAGGAAGAGCGACGCUCUCAAGUCCACUACUCGCGGGACGCCUGCUGCCUCUCAGAAGUCUGGUGCCUCCGAGAAACAGGCAUCCGUGAAAUCGAAUCCUAUCCCAACCGAGAUUGGUGUUACCAGGAAGAUUGCUUCUAAGCCUGAGACACCAGCGGGAACGGUGUCUUCUAUCCCAAGAGAGGUCGUUGUCACGGAGAAACCUCCCUCGACAAAGGCCAAGAAGCGAACCAUUCGUGGCGACACCUCCCCGCAAGAUUCUUCGCAGCGUGACUCUGUGUGGGAAAAGCUUUGGGAGAAAUGGGAACCCUUUCGCAAAGAAGGCCAAGAUCCCCCACCAACGCAAAACGCUGCAUCCAAGCCGCCGAUUUUGAAACACAGAAACCAUGAAGACAAUCAGCACGACAAGAGAACGGAUCCUCCAGAAUCCGUCGUAGAUGUCCCGAUUGACGAAGAAGAACCCCUGGUUGAUGAUAGGCGUCGUGGUAGCAAAGUUUCAACAAAUAGUGAAGGUAUCAUUGUCAUUGAAGACAAUGAGAUUCUCUACGAUUUAGAGAGCCGAGAUGGCCCAAACUUUGGAGGUAGUGAAGACCAAAACAACCGUGGUCAAAAGAUUCAUAUUAUCUCUGAUCGAGAGCCAUACGGUCAGGAGAAACUCAGUGGCAAGAAGAAUCGCGGUCAAGAUAGGUAUAGCGCUGACGUCCAAGAAACUCGCGGACGCUCUCGACAGCCCAUAGUUUUCACAUCUUCGGACCUCGACGACAACGACAGAUCCGGGCGACGGUCGACUGGUAGUCGCAACUAUGAUGAUGCCACGUCAGAAGCUUCACCCGAGCCACUGUUAUUCGUCGCUUCUACGCUAGAGUCACUCGAACGCUUGAAGAGUACCGCCUCAUCAAUGGCAGAUUCAAAGAUAAGGUCUCGAUCUUUCUCACCAAAUAGAUCCCCUCGUUUCGUGGGUGGAAAGCCAGUGAGAAGAGCCAGUGGUGUUCCAUCAGAGCUUGAGUUCCCAAUGACGCCUAUCGACGUCGAAGACUCGAUCACCAUGACACAGCGCCUUAACAAGUACAAGAUUGGUGGAGGCAACCUAAGUGUUCCAGAACCCUCGACCACCAAACCGGAUCUUCCCGACGUCAUCCUUGUGGAACCCCCAGUGAAGUCCAAAGCAAAAACUUCAAAUGUACGAGACAAGCUUAAAAAGAAAGCCGAGCAAAUGGCAGAAAAGCACAAGGCGAAACAGGAACGAAAUCUGACCAUUCAAACGGUAGAAAAGCAUAACAAUGGUGACGACUAUGACGAUGAUGGGGAACUUUCGGGUCUUACCAAUUUCCCGAUUGCUGAGAUCAACGCCUUUCACAAAAAAGAGAGUGUUUCGGACCUUGACAAUUCCAUCCGAAACUUCCCUUUGCUCAACAUCAUGGAAGGGGGCACCAUCAAAACUGUUUCCGAACUUGAUCCUGGUCCAGAGGGAGAACCAAAGAGGCUCGACAGUGACAGUCACACUGGUUCGAUUUCUGGCCUUGUCGACCAUAUUGUUGUCGCAAAACCUGCAAAAGCCGACGAAGAAGAAGAUGAUGAUGUAGACAAAUAUGCGGCCAUGGAGGGUGGAGAGGAGGAAGAGGAGGAGGAGGAGGAGGAAGAAGAAGAAGAAGAAGAGCCAACAGGUACAGGAGAGAACCCGUUCGUUCUACACCAAGAUAUUGAUAUUGAACGUGACGCGGAAGGCGCCGCGCUUGCAGAUUCCAUUACUGAGUGGAGCAUUCAAGAGAUUGAAUCAGAGGAUACGGGCGCGGUGGCCGUAGAGGUGAUGCUAAGUGCAUGCAACCAAACACAGCUAGGUCAGAUGUUCCUGAAGAAUGUACCAAUGUCAUUGCAAAGGAAGAAAAAGGAGGGUGUCCAAACGGUGUUGAAACGAAUCAAUGAACAGGGUCAGAUGGUCGUCCUGAAGACACCCAUAGCAAAGGAAUCAGCGUUACCAUCGUCGUCUGACGAAAACGUAAGACGACCCUAUCCGAGCAAGCCCGUCCAAGCCACCCCUCGGAUUUCGAACAUUGGGAAGAAUCAAUUCGCUCGAGGCCGAAGCGACCCCAACGGUGCUGAUGGAACCGACAAGUACGCCAGAAAGAAAUCACGAAAGCAGGCCAGUGACUCCAUGGCUGACAUAACAGAUGCCUUUCUCAGCGAAAGGAACAAAGGGCUGCGUGAUGCCCCAAGUUUCGAUGAAAAAGAAUCUUUUAGCCGCAAGUCUAGUGAGUCACAUAAUAAGGCCGAAGUUGAGGUUGAAGCUGAAGACGGCAGUCGCAUGCCCAUAAGCGCUCUUGCGCGAGCACUAAACGCCGAACUAAACGCGGACGAUUCUUCGUCGGAAGGUGGAUUCUUGUCCGAAGCCGAAAACUUUGAACAGUUCAUCUCCAGCGGAGUCAACAUCGAUGAAAUCCUGGGCCUCGACAAGAGUUCAGAAGAGCGGAGCGACCGUGAAGGUGACGUUGAGUAUUCAGUGUCGGUGGAGAGCAGCAUUAUCAACCUGGUCGAGUAUGAAGACGACGAAGAAGACGACGCUACCGAGCAAGAACAGGAGCAGGAGGAUGAGGGCGACAUGACUGAUGGAAAGCGGUUGCUGUUGGAGGCAAAGCGGCUCGUGAUGAAGAGCCAUAUCAGCGAAUCCGAAAAGAAAGACCUGCUGGACACUCUCGCAAGAUUUGGACGAGCUCGUCUGUCAUUAAGCCCGGCUGCCAAGGCAGAGCUAGUGCGGGGUCUCAGCAACAUCAGCGAGGAUUUCAUUCCAGAUCUGAUUGACUUGACCGAUUUAGGCGAAAGCUUUAUGGAUCGGCCGAUGAGUGAUGUCCCACCUUUGAGCGAUGAGCCUAUUAUCAGUGAUGACCCACCGAUGAGUGAUGAGCCAAUGAGCGAAGACCAACCGAUUACUGAAUCCUCUGGUGUUGAGGACGUAACCUCAGUUUCCGAGGAAAGUGAACAACUCGAGAAGCAAAUGGAAGACUUGCGCCAACUUGCCGCGCAACACAAUGUCGAAAAUGUUGCAACCGAAGACUAUCCAAAACAACCUGUGAAAAGCCAAGACUCCCUUGAAACGUUGAUGGACUUGGCAGCCCAAUUGCUUCGAAUGAAAGGUGAUCAGGAGGGAACAACGGUAAAUGCACAAGAAGAACCCACCAGCGUGAAGCCGAAUACAGAGGUGGAAGACGGAUUGGUGAUCGUCCCCGGAGUUGACGUUCCGCAAUUCGAAGGAAAGAGCAAUGAAGAAGAAAGCUCCACCAAGUCAGCCGCCUCCAUUUCAGCGGCCGACUUAAACAGCAAACAGGUAGCCAACAUGGACGGGCACUUCUUAUCGAACACAGCAAUAAGCACGCUCUUGGAGCACGUGAUGCGACACGCUGGAGAAGAGACCCUUGAAACGGUGUGUCAAGCCACAACGGAUAACCUUGCAUGCGGGGGCCAGACUCUUCCUGAGGAGCCCACGCUCUCGAACACCAAAAAAAUGAUCGAGGAUGUUCAAAAAGAGAUUUCAGCCAUUAAGCCGGAUGAGAAAGAAACUCUUGAACGCCCUGGACCCCCUGGUAUACCCAUAACAUCGGAGUCGAUAGUGGCACAGGGUAUGUUACAAAAGGCAUCUAGGGAUCGCUCAAGUUCAAACGUCGAUUCGAGCAUUUCUUCUGGAGUUGUUCCGACACAAAAAGUGGAACUGGAUAUCUCCUAUCUCAAUCGCAAGAAGCAGCAGAAGCCAACAGGUGCAUUCGGUGCGCUCUGUGCCGUCACAGAGCACGCUUUUUGUGGACCACGUGUAAUACCACCAACUGAUCUGGAUUAUCAUCUCAACAUCAGCGAUGUUUCCAUGGCUGCCUCCCGUAUGGCGGUUGCUCCGAGAUCAGACAAAGCUCCUGGUGCUUUCUUUGGAGACGGCUCAGUGAGUGGGCUCAGUGGAGAAGAUGUCGAACGAAGGGUCGACGAAGUACUCAAAGCGAAGGAAACUUCAGCACAGUACCUGAAACCUGACCGUGAACAGGCGCCACCACAUCCUUUAUCUUCGCUUCCGUCGUUGAAUCUAACUAUGUUUGGUUCCUCGGCAUCGAGAACAAACACAGAGGGAGUUGAGAUCACAAACAGCCAAGCACAAAGGAUGAUAGCAGGUUCAGCACAAAUGAUGAUGAUGGCAGGUUCGCAAGGUGACGAAGGCCUUCCAGCUGUUCCGAGAAUGCGAUCGGACGAAAGUGAGUCCGCGUCGAAGGAAGAGCUGGUGGGCGAGCCGGUCGCAGAUGAAGAUUCCACGCUCCCCAGUGUUUCGCCUGAGCUCGAAGAGUCCAAGGUGAUGAGACUUACGGUAGAAACAGUUCCGAUUGAGAUUACGAGAACAAGGCGAAACAAUCGAAAGCCACCGAUCCCAGAUGACAUGAACCUCAAGCGUGUUUCUAAACCCAGUAACGCCAAGGGCCCAAGGCCAAAGCCACAGCCCGAAGUGCGCUUGAAGGGGCCGAAGACGGCAAAGACACCGAAGGCAGGACAAACUAUGGAAUCGUCGCCAGCUCCAAGGAGUGCAGGCAAAGAGGCCCCUGUCGGUACAGAGAUCGCCCGAGCCAUGGGUAAGGGUCUGGAACCAGAAGCAUCAGAAGCAUCAGAAUAUCACGACGAUGAUUUCGAGGGAGUUACCAAAAAUGACACGGAGGUCUUCGCAGCCAUCAUGCGGCGUUCGCAAAAAGAGAGAAGCGGACUUGAGCCUGAUGCACCCAAGUGUGGACUGGACGACAUUAGUCAACUCACGGCAUGUGAUUCCAUUUUAGCGGACAGUGAUGGGUCUCACAUGACCGAAUCCAUAAGUGGCGGCACCAGGUCGAGCCAGCGCUUAAGCAUUGCCAACAGCAGUAAUUCCAUGGCUGGAAGCGAUGGAUCCGGCCAAUCAGAUGGAGAUCACUUCCAGCAGAAUUAUAUGGAAGACGAAGAAUAUCCUUCGGCAGAAGACGAUGACGACGACGCACCGUUUGCUGAAGGAGAUGAGGAGCCUUCAGCCGAAGAUGAGGAGCCUUCGGGUGACACUGUGGACCAGUACGUUAUUGUCGAUGGGCAGAAACACUAUGUACGAGAAGGCGAAGAUGGAAAUUACGUGGCCAAAAACUACAGGGCUGCUGGAGGGGGCUUUGAAGAAUCCGAGGAAGAUGAAUCGGAUCAAUUUGAUUUGCGAGGUCCAGGUGGACCAUUGGAGCAAGAAGAAGAGGUAUCUUCGGAUUACGAAAGUCGAGAGAACGGUCACUACGACCUUACCAACGAAGGAGAAGUCUACGGUGGUGAUGGCGGGUCCCUCCAAGACGACGACCAAGAAGGCAUUGCAGCCACAGAGAGCCAAGACAAGAAGUCGCAGACUAGUCUGGGUAUCGUUGCGGUGCACAGCGGGGAUCGAAGUCAACGAAGUCAACGGAGCAAGAGUUCACGUCAGUCGCAACAACGAGAUCAGAACGCGCGCUUUCUGGACGACCAGACAAACAAAUCCUCGGGUCAAGACGGCGGCAUACCCAGCGCAAACAAAGUGGUAUUGGGAGCUGACGAUUUGGAACGAAGCAGCACCGCGUCACAGCGAAGCAAUGCUAUCGACCAAUCCAAGGACCAGUCCAAGGAAUCGAACUCUUUGGUCUCGUACGAAGAUGAAGGCUCGGCGGCCAAGGAGCGAUUAAAUGCUCCCAAGCAAAACCAAUCCAAAGACUCGAACUCGUUGGUCGCAUCCGACGACGAUUUGUCCAUGGUUGGUAUGGAUCCCGAAUACGAAGAAAACUUGUCCUUGAGAAUGGAACCAUCAGGGGCCUUGGCAGAAACGAUUUUCCAAGCUUACAGCAACGUUGAAUCUGUUGCUUCUUAUCUCUCUGCAAAUUUCUCCGAGAAUCCCAGCCCAUCGAACUUGUAUGCUGGUUCUGGAUCCUAUCAUUCCUUGACGGUGGGGUCCAUAAAAUCCGCCAGGUCCAUUCGAAGCGAAUCAGGUGGCCAGGGACAAGCUGAAGUCAAGCCCGCCGCCUCAUCGCAUAGUUUGUCAGCUCGGCGUGGAAAGAUCCCUGUGAUUGAAGAGAAGGCCAGUGAUCCAACGAGUACUGAUGACUACUCCAAUCAGUCGCAACAGUACCUUUCUGUGAUUGACUUUCACCAACCGGUCCAGCUGAACUAUUUCAAUUCAAUCGGGCACGGAAACAAUGCUGCAGUAAAGCCGAUCGCUUCGGCACAUGGAUUGUCGUCUCAACAGGGUACGAGACCGGAGAUUGAAGCCAAGCCAAGUGAAGCUUCAAGUUCUAAUUCUUCUGGUAUUGUUGGGGACAGCCAACAAGCCCCGGUGCGGACCUUGCAGUCGGUUGCCUUGGCUCGUAGCUUGUCAGCCCAACGCCGGCAGCAGAACUUGUUUCAAGACCAAUUUGAGGGUCCCACAGAUACUGAUUCAUCUGGUCUUGUGAGUGCAACCAGAGGCAUACGGGAGGAUUCAUUGGACCACGAAGCCAACGUUGAAAGCAACGAAACCGAUUCAUCGGGGGUUGUAAGUACUACUCCUUUUGUGCUAUCAGUUAGAUCGAGAGAGCAUGUCGACAAUCGGAGCGCGCAAAUGCAAGUCGAAGAGACACUGGUCGAAUCGGCAAGAGUAAGUGUCAGUAGUGAGGCAUCAAGAGAUCUACACAGGUCAGAAGUUCUCGAGACAAGUAGUUCGUUGAAAGAGAUGGCGCAAACAUUUAUUGUUCAGACAACUUCAUCUGGGACUACAGCGAUGGAGCCAUCCAUGGAAAUUCAGCGAGCAGCAACGCUGAAUGGUUCGUCGGACGGAAGCGAUUUGGAGACUCAAGGCGGCGACAAUCUGGAAAUGCAGCAGUUGUCCCACCUUCGCGCCCCCUCGGGGAGUACCGCGACGGCCUUGGAUGCGUCAACAUCGGACACAGCAGGAAAAUUCUCUGCAGAGGACGAAACAAGGAAAGACGGUUCAAACAUCCUGUCAGCUUCAACAAGCAUGUCAUUGCAACACGACAUUUACUCGUACGAUUUCAAGAAGAACUCGAUUCUUGAGAGCAAAGACACUUAUGAUUUUAAGCAGAACUCGAUUCUUGAAAGCAAGGACACAGACCCGGGCGGUUUGAGGAAAAACUCAAUGCUCACUAGCAGAUCGGAAGCAAUGGGAUCUACUACUUUGAACAUACCGUCUGAUGUGGAGGAAGAUGACGAUGCUGAUGAACACAUCGACGCGUUCCACACGGGACCGACUGACUUCAUAAUUUCAGCCCAGAGCAACGAACACGAUCCAUCCAUUGUCCUUGCAGAUGCUGACUUCACCCAGCCGCAGGAAAUCAUCUUCUGUGAAAGUUCCAUGGAUAGCGAGGCCAACUCUGCAGCUGUCCGGGGUCAAGACUUUCAGAGACCCAGUACUCACACCGUCGUUUCGUGCCCAGAAAUGCAUAACCCCAUGGAUGGAGCAUCCAUGGACGCCAUUGAGCACACUAGUGCUCCAACUGAAGUGUUCGGAGACCAUCCAUAUAGUGACCAAUCAACGCUGGGGUCAGAGGGCGUUUCAACAGUUCCCAGCAAAUCGGAACCGGGAAUGCAGGUACGGCCAGCCCCAAGUGUUGGAGCAUUGCCAGUUCAAGAUUCUUCUAGCACCCGUCCUAUUUCGCCGUUUAAUGCCUUGUUGAGUCUUGUUACCGGCUCUGGUGUCCGUGAACAACCCAUUACCGUUGAUCAGGGUGUCUCUCCUCAAGCCGGAGCACCAGUGUUUACGGAAGGUGACUACAACAUGAUCAGUUCGUUGAUGGGUGAUGUCGCUGAAGAUCCGCCGAGUGAUACAAAGGUCCGACCAAUCAUGACGGCCGAGACUUCCAGCUUGACACGCCAGCCUUCAAUAGCGUCAAAGGAGUUCUUGUUCCAGCGGGGAGAUCAAAGCGCAUUAGUUCAAUCAUACGUGUCAUCUCAGCAAACAGGCUCGGCUGUGUCUUCCAGACAACCAGUCGACCCACCGACCCUCCUGGCAGAAUCGGCCUCAGCAAGUUUAGACCACCUUACUCAGCCAAUUGAUUUGUCUGGUAUCGAGUCGUGGUCACCUUCUCUUGCUGCAUCGUUCAAAAGCGAAGAACAUGCAUCAACCGUGAAUUCGGCAGAGCGCUCAAAUGGAACUUCUGGAAAGGAAACCAGCGUUGGUGAUUCUGCAAGACAGCCAAGCAAAAGCGAAUUCCAUGAAACUGCUGAAGCUUCCCAACAGUCGAGCUCUGGGUCUGGUGUCUUUUCACCUUCUCUUGCUGCGUCAGUCAAAAGCAAGGAGCGUGCUGCAGAUGUGGCUUCUGAGAAGUUGUCAAGCGCAGGUUCUGCAAAACGCUCGAUUGGAACCUCUGGAAAGGAAGCCAGCGUUAGUGAUUCUGCAAGACAGCCAAGCAAAAGUGAAUUCCAUGCAACUGCUGAAGCCUCCGAACAGUCGAGCUCCGCUUCUGCAAAUCAGUGGAGCAAGCACUCCGGAAAGGUGUCAAGUGAUUCUAUGAGGCAGUCGAGCGAAGAGGAAGACACCACUGAAGAUCAAGAGCAGCGAUCGAGCCCAGAUUCUGAGAAAAAUCAGUCUUCAAGUGAACAUUCCAAGCAGUCGGCACAACCUUCGACCCAGUCUCACAGUCACGAAUCAAAUGAACUUUUAGAUUCCCUACAAAUUCCAGAGCUCCCAAUGUCCUCAUCCCAGGCGGCAAGUGAUGCAGUACCAUACGACUUGUCGAUGAAUGCCGAUGAGUCCCUGAGAACGGCAGGAAGUUCUACAGAGCGGCGAACAGAGGGCAGAAGCACCACCGAUGGCAGAAGCACCACCGAAGGUAGAAGCACCACCGAGGGUAGAAGCACCGCCGAUGGCAGAAGCACUGAUUUUGAAUCAAAAACGACCUUGACUGCCCUGAAGGCUCCAAUGCCGGCAGACGAUGAGUCUAAGAAUACUCGUUCUCGUCGUAAACCAUGGAGUCCAACAGACGAUUCAGAGUCAAAGAAAACAAUCACAUCCCUGAAACCUCCCAUGCCAGCUUUUUCCCCACUGUCACUGGAGCGUCCCCGUAACGCUGGGACAGAGUCCCUUAAUGAUGAGUUGCAGUCGCCUCCCCUGAUGCCUUCAGAUAGCAUAGGCUUUGAGUCCAAGGAAGUGAACUUGUCGAAACUUUGGACUGCGGAUGAGAGCACAGGAUCCGUUUCAUCUGACUCCAUCACAGCCUCCAGGACAAGCGUAACAUCAGCUCUAAUGAGGCCUCCUGUGCCCGCCAUGUCGCCACAAUCACAGCAACAACAGAGGGAACCAUCUGCCUCAAAGUCCAAGACGACUUCUUCAUCUAUUCUUAAGCCACUAAUGCCGCCACUGUCGCCACAGUCACUUGGUCAACAAACCAAGGAACCAAAAGAGCAUAGUGUUGGCAAAGAGUCGAACGGGGUGAGACUAUCAAGCUUUUUGGAACUGGACAAGGGCAAGGCCUCUGCACCGCCCGCCGUAAGCACCGACGGAGCGUCGAAAACGACAAUGACGUCUCUUCUGAAACCUCCAGUCCCUACUGAAUCGCCUCAGUCGAUUGAAAGGAAGUGGAGAAAAGCCACUGAGCUAGCCAAAGGUGCAGCCAAGAUUCCCGAAUCGCCAUCGGGUAGUGUUGGCCUUGAUUCAAGAGAAGUGAGGCUGACGACCGCAGAGAAGAGCUCGCAUCAUGAUGCGUCAGAAUCAUGGACGACACUGAGUGUUCUGAGAGUGCCCAGACCUGCGGCAUCGCCAAACUCUUUCAUUGACGAGAGGCGGACGGCAAACGACGAAAGCGUGGGUUCAAAGGAUGAUAGAACGAAAGAAACUCUUUCCAUGAAUGGUUCUGCAAGCUUAUUAGAAAUUCAGUCAAAGGAAGUGAGGCUGUCGAGUUUUAUGGACGGUACUCUUUGUUCGUCCAGGCAGGAAGUUUCAGACUCUCCAGGCAGUUCCGCCAACACUGGUUCUGCUUCAAGUAGUCAGUCGCUUGCACAAUCACAAGGUAUCAAAAACGAUUCGUUACACCAUUCCACUGCACCAAAAUCGGCUCCUCCCAAAGUAUCGUCAACUUCGUUAAGUCAACACCUCGCCCGCGACCGAGAGAGUCGCAGCACCCAUGAGUCGUUUCAUACCGUUGAGUCGGCAAAAACUGAGGAGACCUCAAACUUGGCUAGCCAGGAAAGAACAAAGGACACUCAUUCGUCUCAUACCGACCAAUCCAAGCUUGAGAUUUUCACAAUGACAGAAUGGCUCGAUUUUCAAAACGAAGGGACGGAAGUGUUCUUGAAGGCCGAAACUGAAUCGGACACACAGAGCAUAUCAAAUGAAUCAGACGAAAGCAACCAAAGGGCCAAACCAGACAACGACAAUCACUCUCUCGACAUGAGUUUAUCGCACAGCGAUUCCGAUGACGGAGUGCUGGAGGUGGAUCCUGGCGCGAAGGUUGGAUCGUUGGAAGCUGCAGAAACGGUUGACCCUAUUUUCGGAGCAGAGUCUUUUAUGACCCAGGGCAAGAAUUCAAAAGCCCCGGCAUCCAAGAGCCUUUGUGAUAUCGACAAACGGCCUCGUGGGCCAAGUUUGAAUGCCAUUCAAUGUGGACAAGAUUCCAAAGAGUUGAAGAACGAUCAGUCCGUUGCUAUUGCAGCUAUAAACGGCUCGGCCGCCAGAAUUGAGGCGAAAGCGCAAACGUCUGUUUCCUCGUCAUCAAGACACCAGAGUGGCUCAAGUCAGUCACUCGCUGAAUUCAAUGCUCUCACUGCAAAACCUACUCGAGGACCGCACUCUCAAACAUCUUCUGUGGUUGAGACAACGAAAGUGCAAGCGAAAGGUCUUUGCAGCAUGAGUCCUUGUAUAGGAGGCGGGCCGAAAGCGUUGGAAGCAGAUCACUCUACUCCAGACGACUUUCAGAUGAUCGCAGAAUCUGAAGACCGAAAUGCCGAAGGCAGCGAUUUCUUCAAAGAGCUCCCUGAUCGUAGCGAGGACGAGAAAAAGGUCCCAGAGCCUUCAACAGUUGCGAAACAGAUCGAUGAAUCAAUGCCAACCAGAGAGCAGCAGCAGGCGGACUCAGCAUCAAUGCUAACUCGCGAACAAGAACUUGAGCUCUUGAAGGAGAUGAGACAAAAGACUGUUAUGAAUGUUGGCAGCGAUUCAUCCAUAUCUCAAUGCAGCUCUAACCAGUCGCUGUCCUUGAAGUCGCCAUCGACGUUGGAGGAAACAGAAGCCAUGGAAAUGAACGCAGGCACAGACGCCGAAGGCGGAGACAGAGAUGGCGCUGAUGCUCUGAUACCACAAGACUCGAAAGAGUCGUCAAAGUCAAGUGGUUCACGACCAAUCGUUCGUCCUCUUUCUACUAGUUCUGAGAGGAGUGACGGGCCUAAUGAUGUCGCCACCAACGCCAUGACAACGUCCACUUUACCCGUUUCAACACUCAAUACAUCGGGAGAUGAAGCGAUUGAAGCCAAACGUAGUGCAGACAAUUCUUUCAAGUCUACAGAAGAUGUGAUAUCCCAGAAGUCCAAAGAACGUGUCCCCAUAGAAGAAGCCACGGCCCCGCAUGAGUGGCGAAACACUGCGGCGUCUCACAAAUCUGAAGCUUCCAUGAAGUCGUCAGCAGCACGUACACCUUCAGAGAAAGAUGGGAUAUACAGCGUCGAGCUCAAAAGCGAUGUUAUGUCGGGCCAUCUUGCUAGCGCGGACACUGAAUACCAAGAUAUCUCAGUGUCACACAGAUACGGCGAUCCACCACCGGGGUCAAAAAAGGAGCCUAUGGAUCCCCCCAACGAUUUGUCUCCUGUGGCUAGGAAUGACGCGACAGAACAGGAACAUCACUCUGGAAGUUCCGUCGCAGACGAAACGUUAACUCUAACACCCGCGAAUUCGAUUCUAGACACAGAUCUCAAGUUUGAAAGUCCCGCAAUCGCCACCGCCAAAGCUGAUUCGGAAACAGAAUUCGGGGUCGGAGCAGACCUCCAUGAUGGCACUCCGACGUACAACCAGUCCGAACCAAACCAGAAAGAAAGUGGGGAGUCUCCUGCAGAAUCGAACAUCUCUGAAGUAUCUCCAAGUACAAACACUGAUGACGAAGGACUGGCCUUUCACACACCACACGCGACAAGUUUUGCGUCUGAAAACGUCAGAGACAAAAUCAUUGACAUUCACUCGUCGAAGGGAUCCUCGCGCCGGGGAAGUGUCCAAAGAGGAGACGUCGUCCCCGAGGAUUCACCUCAACUUAGCUACAUAUCUGAUGAUUAUAUUUCUGACUACUGCGACAGUACGCUCCCAACUCGUGGUGACGACCCUUUCAUUUCAAACGACCAAAAUUUAAUCACACCACGCCCAGACCCAGAGGAACAAUUACCCGAUGAAGCCUCGAUGCCGAUGCAUCCUCCAAAAAGUAUUCAAGCCCCAAGCAGUGUUUUGGAGACCAUUGCUGGUCAAGGCGAACAAAACGGAGAGGAAGCGGAUAAGAACGUGGCAAGGAGCUCCCAAGUGUCUAGAAGUACACUCGGUAGCAAGUCUAAUAAACCUGCAGGAGGCUUUGUCCAAGCUGAUACAGGGAGCUCCAAAAAUCUGAAAUCUGCAGGAAGCGUACCAAGUGAAACUGGUAGUGCCCACUACGUUGGACGGAGCUCCCAAGUGUCCAGAAGUACACUCGGGAGUAAGUCCAACAAAAAGGUUGGAGAAUUUGUUGAAGCCGAUACAGGGAGCUUCAAAAAUCUGAAAACUGCAGGAAGCGUGCCGAGUAAAACUGGUAGUGUCCACUAUGAUUUGGAACCGAAAGAGACCGAACCCACUCUCUUGGCACUUGAAACAUACAGCUACAAUAACUAUACAAGGCAGUCUCAAGGGACAACCUCUACAUUGGGCAGCAACAAAUCCGGGAUCCUUCACAGUUUGGAACAAGAAAUCAGAGAGUCCAACCUUGCGGCACCUCUUACUGGCAACUCCAACGAUCUUGCAAGUACUAGGGACUCACUAGUAACAGGAAGUACAAUAGGUAGCAAAUCUGGUGCCCAGAAAGAGUUUCUAAAGGAAACAGCACCAGGUCUUUUAGAUGCUGAUGCACCAAUUCCUGGCAAAGGCAUGAUGGAGCGAUUUGCAUCUGCCAGAGAUUCAAUGGAAGGAGAAUCAUCAUCGUCAUCGGGGGGAGUAGACCAAUCACUCUUGCUCCAAGGUUCUAAUGAUUCUGGAGGGCUACUCCUUUCUGUCACGCGGUCGGAUUACGAGGACGAUCGUGAAACGCCAAUGUUUUCUGAGAGCGAAACAGGUUAUGAUCAAGACGCAUACAAUGGUGGCUCCGAACAAGAGAACUCGUCAUAUUCAUCAAGUGGCGAAUCCAAACAAUAUGACUCCACUGACGAUCUGCUGCGGAUGCCUCUUCCACAUCGAGAUAGCUCCGUCUUUGAUGCGACGAGUAUUGCCAGCUCGAGCAAGCGGCAGAGUGCGGCAGAAUCAAGUAGCAGCAACGCAUCUGCGCUUCAAGGAAACAGACCUGCUUCAGCUUCUUCUGGUGAGGAAGUUAUCGUUGUUAGUGAAAGUCAAACGCAACCUAGGUCUUCAGCAUCUGGCUCUAACGAAGAAAUAGUCGGUGGUCAAGGAACGACGUCGGAGGAAUACCUGUCAACCAUCCCUGAGCUUGAGUUGAAUAGCGCCAGUUCUCGAGAAGUCAACCAACUGGUUAAGAAUGCACAAGAAAAUCGGAAGACCGCAGUUAACCUUGUGGCGGCAAACAGCAGAGCAUCUGGCCAGUCACUGGAUGCCUCCAAUAGUGACCGAUUCCCAACAAGGCUAUCGACAAAGGAACUGAUUCGGUUGUACACUGAAAGCGGUUCAGUGGAGUCCAGAUCCAUAUCAAGAUCCUAUUCAAAUACAUCGCAAAGCCCUUCUGGAAGGACUUCUUCGAUGGCCGACUCGUAUCACAACCGCCCGUCCAAUCCCACCAACACCAGCACUUCUACAAGUUUCGACUUUGAGAAAUCAGGGGGCUACAAUGCUCGAUACUCGGCAUCUUCAAAUGGGAUGGUGUCUUCUGGGGUGUCCAGAAGUCAAGUGGGGCCUGAUUUUGGAGCUGUGUCUGCUUCAGGCAUCUCUCACAGCAGCCAAACACAUAGCACUGGCAACUUAUCAUAUGGUGCACAAACAUCUCCGAAUUUGAAGAAAGAAGCACUUGAUGCGCCAGCGUACGCAGGAGAUCCAUUGCAGGUUUACUUGGCCAGACCUCAGCUGAAUAAUGGUGGGGCCGGUCCAGAUGCUCAAGAUGCAGUGUCAUUGGUAGACAGAACAAUGACAUUGACGAAUGAGGUGUCCACCAGAUCUAUCCAUUCAGCACCAGAAUUGCACACUGGGUCGGCCAUAGAUCAACUCAACUCAAACCAAGAGAAACGAAUUGAUAUUGACUUAGUUUCCUAUGGCUCGACCUAUUCGACCCCAGCCCCUGCCCCAAUCCCAGCCACUAAUAGAGCCACUAAUCCAGCAGAGCACCAGACAGCAAUGGGUACUGAGGAGGAUGUCAUUUCUCGUCCUUCUUGGGAUGUAGGAAUGAAUAUCUCCAGUGCUGGAUCACCAUCUUGGGCUGAGCUUACAGAGGCAAGUAAAAGUGUGUUCUCUUCUAUGGCAAGAACAAACAAAACGACACAAGAAAGAGUAGGCACUGGCCCAGGCACCUCAGGAGUUUCAUUAGCUGCACACAUUACUACAAUGAAAUCACCAGCUGGAGCAAGAUCAGUUCAAUCAGCACCAGCAACAAGCUCGGCUCGGCCAAACUUAGCAAUGGGUGGGCAUUCUGAGGACCAAGCGUCCUACGAUAGUGGCAUUGCUGAGGCGGAUACAACAUCGGAGUCUACUUCCAAGUCAGUUUCAAACAUGACCUUUGCAGAAAGAUCUACCACCGCAGCUACUACCACAGGGAUGUCUAUACUUGGUCGUGAGAGAGUAUUGCAUUCAGCUGCAGCCACAACAAGGUCAGUCCAUUCUGCCCCAGGACCAAAUUUGACUCAGUCUUACACCGAGGCAGUUGCUGCAGAAGCCACCAAAUCUCCUUCAACAGAAACCCAUAAGUCUCUUCCAAUGUGGGAUGAAAUGUCAAAAAACUCCGAGAGUGAGAGUGCUGGAAGACAGUCAGUUGCUGCUGAAACAACAAAGAAUCAUGGUGUGACAAAAAACUCUAGAAUUGAGAGUGCUGGAACACCAUCCUGGAAUGAACUUGAAAUCUCCAAGAGUGAGAGUGCUGGAAGACAGUCAGUUGCCGCUGAAACAACAAAGACUCAUCCCACGUGGGAUGAUUUGACAAAAAUCUCCAGAAAGGACAGUGCUGGAACACCAUCUUGGACUGAACUUACUGUAGAAAGCAAGAAUGUCUUCUCCGCUGUUGUGAAGCCAACACAAGAUCGAAAGCUUGAUGAUAUCUAUGGAUUGCUCAACAAGGAAGAGAAGGCACAGACACUAAGCCCAACUGGAUCCAACAGAAAUCUUCAAGAUGGUAGGGUGAUUCGUUCCAAAGGCUCCAUUGGUGAAACAAAAGUCAUCAUGGGUCCAGUCAUCCCUUCAGCGACACACCAAACAGAAGCCACAAGGCUUGGCAGUGAUGAUGCUUCAUAUGGCACAAGAGACAGCUCUGAUGACCCCUUGCCACUCAGCUUUUUGAAUGAAUCCAGGUCAUUUGCCUCAAUACCAUCCAAAAGGAGAAUCAAUCAUUCAUCAACGGCUGAUGAUGAUAAAUCCACCGAGACUGAAGUAACCAGAGGCGGUUCUAGCCGCCUCAACAUAGCAGGAACGGCUGCUGCAGAAAAAGCUGCUGAAACAUCAACAAAGAGUGACUCAAGGACAGCUGCUUCUAGCAUUCACAACACGAUGACACCCGCUGCAGAAACACAAACACAAGUGGAGAAAACUCCAUCACUUGGUGCUCAUUCAGCCCCAGAUGCAGGUGCUGAAGAACGGUUUGUGAGAAAUUAUCUUAGAUCACCUGGAUCAAUGCCAGAAAUGCAGCACAGAACUCAUGUGCCAACAGGUCAAGAUGCUUCUAACUACACAGUUUACUCAUACAGUGUUCAGUCAGUCCCAGGCCCUUCAAAUUACAGUAUGAGGAAUGAUACAAGAUCAGUUGUUUCCACACCUGUAGCCAAUCAGGGCGUUGCUAUGGCAACUGGAAUGACUGCCAUAAAACAGCCUUCAAACUACCCAAUGCCAGGAGUAGAAAAGUUGGACACAAAGGAGUCAUCGCAGUUUGAAGGGACAUCCAGCUACUCAUACAGUAUUCAAACAUUCCCAGGUGCUGAAGACUACAAAGAGAGGAGAGAUGCAAGGUCCUUUGCAUCAAUGCCAACAGUAAUGCAUGAAAGUGCUCACCACUUGGGUGCUUCAGUUUCCAUGUCACAGUCUGAAAGGAAUCCAAACUUUUCAAACAGCACUCCGAUAGGCCCUGCAAAUGUGGGAAACUCAUUGAGGAAUGAUACAACACCAAUUGUGUCAACACCAGUAGUACAGCAGAGUACAUGGGACUCCGCAAAUAUGUUCCAAAAGAGUUCCAACUACUCAUACAGUGCACAAACAGCUCCCGAGCUUGUUGAGAAUAGGGAGAGGAAGGACACAAGAUCUGUUGCAUCACUGCCAGCAUUCUACCAAGGAGCUGGUUUCACAGCUGAUCCAAAAGUGGAAUCAGGCAAGCACUUCUCAUACAAUGCACCCUCAGCCCCUGGUUCUAGCAUCAAUGUGAUGCAGCAGAAUACGCACAGUCCAGCCAUACCAGUUGCUGCAAUGACACAAUCAGAGACAAUUCCCACCAGUGCUCAAUCAGUCCCUGAAACUGGAGGCGGGCACAUUUUUGUUGGUAAUGACUCUAGAUCAAUUGCAACAAUGCCAGCAUACCAUCAAGGUGCAGCGGUGCAACAAUCAGACAAGAACAUCUCAUAUGACGCUCCCUUGGCCACUGGUUCUAGUAUGAAUGUGAUGCAGCAGAAUACGCACAGUCCAACCUUCCCAGAAAUGACACAAGCAAAUACAAUUCCCACAAGUGCUCAAUCAUUCCCUGAAACUGGAGGUGGGCACAUUUUUGUUGGUAAUGACUCUAGAUCAAUUGCAACAAUGCCAGCAUACCAUCAAGGUGCAGUGGUGCAACAAUCAGACAAGAACAGCUCAUACAAUGCACCCUCUGCCACUGGUUCUAGUAUGAACGUAGUGCAGCAGAAUACCCAAAGUCCAACCAUCCCAGUUGCGGCUGUGUCACAAGCAGAGAGAAUUCCCACCAGUGCUCAACCAGUCCCUGAAUCGGGAGGUGGGAAUGACUCUAGAUCAGCAGCAUCAAUGCCAGCAAUGCAGCAGUCCACGAGACAGCCUGACAGACACCCCAACUACUUCUCAUACAGUGCUAGUGCCCACUCAGCUCCUGGAACUGCUGGGGGUGCAGACAGUUUUGUGGGUAUUGACUCAAGAUCAGUUGCAACAAUGCCAGCAAUGUAUCAGGGCACCCAAGUUCCAAAUGCCACUGCCAUGGCACCCCACAAUCUAGAAAAACGCUCAAACUAUUCAUUCAGAGCUCAAACAGACGCUGGAACCACAGAACCAGCUGUUUUGAGGGAUACAAUUUCAGGUACAGCAGUGCCAACGCAACGAAAUGAUGUGACUCACCUUGGCGUUUAUAGCGUUAGUAAUCAAUACAGCAGCAUGACAUCAGGCACUAUUGAAGGUUUCUCAGAAGGAUCAAACAGGCGUCAAGUGCUGCCGAUGAGUGACAGCGACAGAGCAUUCCUUCACGAUUUUAGCCCUUUUGCAGCAUCUGGCACUGUAGGAGCACCAAUCGUGGCUGACUCCAGGUCUGUGGUUUCGAUGCCCGUAAUGCGGGAUGGUCUAACUAUGACCGAGCAGGAUGAUACCUCUCGACCCCAAAAAAGUCCCAGAGGAGCACAACCCGGGGGCCCGAUCAUAAACGUUAUGAAAGAUGCAAGGUCUAUCGCAUCAAUGCCACCAUUGACAGAAGGUGGUUUGGACAGAAUGCCAGUUGUACAAGGAGCUGGUGCCGACGGAGAGCCUCUUGCUCGCAACAAAUAUGAUGCGAAGUCCGUGGGAUCUGCGUCAAAAGAGUCAACAACGAUGACGCCAACCAUGACAGAGACAGACCAGCCGUCUACAGAUGCAGUGGGUAUGCGAAACGAUGCGGCAUUGGCGAUGACAAAGGGUGGGCGUCCCACGGUCGUGACGGCGUCCAUGUCGAUCACAGACAAAGGCACCUUUUUACAGAAGGGCCCUGCUUCUGAGGCACGAACACCCGGCAGUAAGUCAGGGGGUUAUAACAUGAAAUCACUCGACUCAGACUCGUUUGGCUCGGCAUCAUCUACGCGGAAGGGCGCCCACGCCACCAUUGCUACAGAACCAAUGACGGAAACAGAUCAACCAUCCCUUCCUCGAUAUACUUACGACGGGAGGUCGAUUGGGUCGGGACCUGGUGCUUCUACUGGUAUGCAAGGAGUGUCAGGGCCAACACAAAAUUCCAAUGCCACAGAACAGUCAGAAAAAGGAACGAAACUUGAAACGCAUGUUGCAUCACAUAACGCAGGAAACAAGUACGAUACCGGAGGAGCCUCCAGAAUCGAAGAGAAAAACAGGUCUUUGUCCGUGGGCUCAUCGAUGAAUGAACCGAUCGACCUUCUUGGACCCGACGAAGAGUUGAAGUCGGCUCGUCAAGCUUCUGUGGGGUCAACCUCUCGUCGUGGACCCGUGUCUGGCAGCAUUUCCAAUACUUCAUCUGAUGAUGAUGUGAUCUCUUUGGGAAAAUUCAAAGUCGAGAUAACUCCUGUGCAAGACCACGACGGUAGCUCGGAGGGAAUGCUUUCAAAUCAACCCGACUUCGCUUCGAAGGGCAGCAGCGGACUGGCUUCCGUAUCGAGGGCAGAAAGCAACUUCCAAGAAGGAGUAGAACAAACAGCAGAACGGAGUGCGAGCUUCAGUGAGAUUGAGAUAAAACCACCAAUUCCAAAAUCCGAGCCAGAACUGUUACCAACCUCGUCAUCCAAGCUCUCCAAGAGCUCGAAGGGGGUUGAAGCUAUGUGGAUGGAUACAGAAUCGGGACGACAUGUCAUUUCCACGGAUGUCGCAUCGGCCAGCAACAACGUUAUCAGACAUGUUAGGAGUGGUGAGACCAGUUCGUGGUUGAAUGCUUCGGAGCUUGGAGAGGGCUCAACGGCUGCUGGUUCAGCGGGAAAUGGCUUCAAGAGGACUGAGUCGAGUUCAUGGCUGAUGUCUGAUUCGACAGACGAAGAGAAGAGAGACACAUCUUCCAACAAUAUCGACGGUGGAGUGGCCAAAGCAAGUUCGCCAGAAACACACCAACAAUCGCGACGCCCAUCCGAAACCUCACUCUCUACCAGAAAGCAGGGACCGGUUAAACACGGAGAAGCACCCUUCGACGACAAGCUUAAUCAUCAGGCCAACCAACCCAUCGCCGAUGUUUCGCUCGAGGUGGAUCGGGACGUCUACCAAGAUCAAGUUAGGCCACCGAAGUUGUUUGUGUCGCCUCAAAGCAGCAGCGACGAGGACGCAAGCAGGCAAUCUGAUGCAGCGUCUGCCAACAGCACCUAUUCGAAAUCGACAGAAGAAAUCGUCAACGAUGCAACACUUCGGAAUCUUGCAACGACCGGGGACGCUUCAGCGACAAGAGAUUUUGUUUCCCAGAUAAUCAAUGACCAGCAAAUCCAACAGUUCGCUUCCACCAACGCGGAUUCCAGUGUGGGCACUAAUGAAGAGGCUCAGAUGCACGAAGCUCUAAGUCUGUGCUACUCACCACCUGAUGAUGAUGAAGAUAGCUUUGCUACUACGACAGAAGCUGAGCUGACCGACGCAGAGUAUAAUAUGCUAUCCACGCAGCCGUCGAUCCCCUUGCGCGAAACUAUUUCUUUGGACCACGAUGGAAAAGACCAAGUUGCUUCAUUGCCUCAACCCCCAGAGUCCGACAAGGUUAAACAACCGCCAAAAAGCACCCAGAAUCCUUCUGAAGGCAAGACAACGACGGGCGAAGGAAGUACGGAGAGAACAACCACCUCAAUCCCGCUCCCUCCAAUCCGUACUAGUGACAAAAUGUCGGUAGAAAGAGAAAAAUCGCUGGCCCAGGGCAGCUUUGAAGUACAGAUCAUCGAUGCUGCAAAGUCGUCUACAGAGGGUUCGUCGCGAAACCAUUCUAACGAACGAAACCAAAAUCGUGAGGAAGGACGCAACUCAACUCCCACGAAAAGAGCUCUCCCUGAGCUUGAAUCUGGUAGGCCGCAGGACAGAAUGAGCGCGAAGAGAUUGCAAGUUGAAAGUCGCGUCGCAGAGAGGAAGAAUCAAGAGUCAAAAGUACCAGAUUCCCCCGCCGCUUCGGUGAAUAACAGACACGAACUUGGUUCGCCGGCAGCUAGUGCUUUGCCUUCGUUUGGCAGCCACACGGUGUUUUCAUCGAAUACGUUAUCAAGCGAGAGAUCUCGAGAUGAAGCGGGGACGUCGUAUUCAGCGCAAUCUUCAUUCGAUAAUCGGCAAUUGUUUUCCAGUGCUUCAAGUCGUUCUGGAAGUGAAAGAGAAAACAAGUAUGCACGCCGAAUAAGAGAAAGCACUAGGCAAGAGCUACGUCAGGCAGACAAAAGACCACCUUCGCGUCUGGAACGAGAUAGUCAUUUUAGUCAAGAUAGUCAAGAUAGUGGAAGGGGAGAUGAUGAGCAAUGGCAAGAACAUGCUCAAGGAAGUGUUGGGACUGAAAGCAACAGCAGCGUUGAAUCGGGCCCCAACAGUGACGUUCUCAUUUCUGAUAGUGAGACCUCAAGCGGCGAAGAAACUGGAGCUAUUUCUGAACUCAUCGCUCACUUCGACGAUGUCACGCUGACUAACGAGAAUGGUCGGCUCCAAGUUGCCGUUCUCGGCGACAAUGCAUCCUUCAAGGGCGAUUCUGAGCUAUUCCGAGCGCUACGGGAUAUUCGCCGCCAACGGGGUGAGCCUGUCCCUGAUCAUCAAAGCGUACAAUCAUCACGAGGAGUUUCCGAUUACGGAAGUCCUGAUCCAACACUGGACCCCAUUGACGUGGAAACGAUGAUGAGCUACACGGAGUCCAUGUACUUGCCUGAUAUGAGGCCAGAUCUGCACAGUCACAUGCGUCACAGUGAAUCCAUCUACUCAGCGGACGACGUUUCGAUGUCUUCCAGGUCUCGAUAUGCUGCAUACCCGUAUAAUGGAAGGAGCUCGUAUUCCUACGCCUCCUCGGUCGAUUACAACGCAUCCACAAUGCAACCCAGGCUGCCACUACAUCGAGCAGACUCAAUGCUGUCAGGAAUCCGCAGUAUUGACUCGACUACUUCGGUUGCUGCCACUAGGGAUCUCGUUGACGAUGGAAUAGGCGACAUUCAGGAGAGCUCCUCCAACAUGGAUUCGGUUGCGACACAUGCUUCGCAGAAAGCCCGAGAAUUGCGAGCCCAGCUGGAUCAAGCACUGAAAACAUCGGCGGCCAUUCGUUCGACACAAGAACGUCUCGGAGCCGAGCUAUCGACAUUCAAGCGACGCCUUGACAAGCAACGUCAGGUAAACCAUAGUUUGAGUCCACGAUCGUCGAGAAUGGCCGGAAGUAGCCCCUCCUCGAGUGAUCGCCAAUUCCGUUCGUCCUAUGAACCGCAUAGUGAUUACAUGGCGAGUGAGGGCAGCAGCAGCCGCAACUACGAUCACUACAACAGGAUCAACCACCCCCACAAUAAUUAUGGAUCAUCUCAGCGAGGCCACUCCUCCGGCGAGUCACCCGAACGACGACGCAUGUCCGACUCGACAGCGCAAUUUGUGGCCCAAGCGGAUCAACGUCGGUCGAUGCAACAGCAACAACAACAACAGCAACAACAGCAACAGCAACAGCCACAAUAUCAGUUCAACUAUAUGCACCAUAAUAUGGAUCGAGGACGAGGACGCGACGUUAUUUCGUCCUCCUUUCGUUCGUCUCAUACACGAGAAGAAACCAUGUCCUACAAUCAGUCGUACAACCAGUCCUACUACGAUUCGUCUCGAGCCGGUGCCACGACCAUUACGAGCACUUUGGGAGGUGAAACGGACCGUGAACCAGCAGAUGACUACUAUUCGUCGUCCGAUGGCACCGCCUCGUCCGAGACAGAUGGCAGUGCCAGUGGUGAUGUUGUGCUCGAUGCCAUUCAGCAACAAGAAGCCGCGGAGGAACGUCGUCGACGCUUGAAACUACAAAGCUUUGCGCGAGCGACCUACAAUCGAAUUGAAGAGGAAGCGAUUGUGGAUUUGACCCAGACCCGGUCUUCCGACGAAAAGAAAACAGUUUCCACGAGAGGAAUUUUUUUUUAG